AUGACCAUUCAAUCUACCGUGGAAAAAGUUGAUUCAGUCGCAAAAUGCCUUUUCCCAACCCGUAAUGACGGAAACGUUGUUGGCGAAGGGCAAACCACCUGGGAUCAAAUCGACAUCUGCACGUGCACUCUACCAGGAUUGACAGCACGCCCAUUAUGCAAGCCCUCAUGUCCAAACCAGGGACUUCAACGCGGUCUGGGGCUCGCGGCAGAGCGAGACGAUCCUCUGUGCUUUCUGGCAACUGUGUGGGCUCGGAUCCUAAGCGAAUAUGCAGAGGUUGACUUUAUUCGCAUUGGUGUGUGCCAGGCCACCGGCACAUUCACCGCUGAUAUGGCAGAGAAGUCCCGAAUGGAAGUCUUUACCGCGACACGGAUUCGGAUGGACCCCGUGUCGGAAUUUCUGAGCAUGGACCGGUGGUCAGUUCUACCCGCAAAGCAAAGUGACUAUCCAUACUUCAACACCGGUAUUGCAGUCUGCCAAGAUCCAGAGGUGAAGCCCGAUACCGGACUAGAAGAGACGGUAGCGGAGGGACAAAAGAGUUCGAGAGAGGAGGUGGAUGAAGAGCAAUGCUCCAUCAUGCUCGCUCUCAACAUCACGACAUCGAGAUUAUCUCUCUUUUACAAGACAUCAAUCUUGUCUACCGGACAGGCGGGCCAUAUGGCAUCUCUUCUGGCUGAAACAAUGGGAACUCUGGCUGGGGAUGCAACGAGCGGACCCCUUACUCAGUUGGCCCUUAGUAGCGGCGCGCAGCAGCGGCAGAUCAAAGAAUGGAAUAGCCAAGAGUUGGUCCAAUCGUCUGCUCCGACAAUCCACUAA